AUGUCCGGGCCCCCGGAUAGAGAUCCCAAUCAGGAUCCGAACAGACAAGAUCCGAACAGACCAACCCAAGAUCCCAAUCAAAACCAAGACCCGAACCGACAGGAUCCAAAUCGCCAGAAUCAAGACCCAAAUCGACCUGACCCCAAUCGACCUGAUCCUAAUCGGCCGGAUCCCAAUCGUAGACAGUUCCCGCCACACUGGAGGCCCGAGGAUCAGCCCCAAUACGGUCCUGGAUAUAACUAUCCCCCUCCGCCCACUGACUACUACUCAUAUCCUCAACAUCCCCAUCCUCCACCCCCACACAUGGCUAUGCAUGCUCCACCUCCCCAGGAUCAAUAUCGGCUGCCUCCAGUGGCUAGUCCCUCGACCUACCGUGAGCCAUAUGGACCACCGGCCGUAGUCUACCAAGCAGCUGCACCGCGCCAGCGAACUGCUAUUGCCUGUCGUUACUGUCGUCGACGCAAGAUUCGCUGCUCAGGCUUCGAGAGCUCUAAUGAUGGCCGUUGCAGCAAUUGCAUCCGAUUUAACCAGGAGUGCAUGUUCACUCCAGUAUCAUCACAGGCGCAAGCCUUCGUUCCCGCCCACGCCGCGUAUCCCCAUUUGCGCAACCAUCAACAUCAGCACGAUCCUCGCGGUCCCCCUGUUACCCUAUACGGUGCUCACGGACAGCCUUUGCCGCCACAACAUGGUCCGGAGUCUACCUUGCCGCCGCCUCAAGGGAUGUAUCUCCCCUAUGGCCCACCCCUUGCGCCUCCAAACCCUGAUCCGAGACAGCGUCGCGGUUCUGCUUCGGGGUCUGAUUAUCCGGACCCGACCAAUCUGGCUCCUGUAACGACGAAUCAAUACCCGCUGCCUAAUACAUCAAGCCCCUACUAUCCUUCUCCGGAUCGCCGCACCUCCCCGCAGUCUGCAUACUAUGAUUCGCGUCAUUCCUCUUCGCCCCAUGGUUCUCCAUAUCCGCCCAUAAUACAGCAGCAACCUCCUCUGCAGCCGCUUCAGCGGCAAGACUCCCCGCAGACGCGUCAUUCUCCUCAGCAGACCCAGUCGAUCCCGCAGUCUCAACAGCAACAAAUCCAACCACAGUCUGCUCCUCAGCCAGCGCAUCAGGCAGAACAGAAAACGCCAGCCGUUGAUGGAACUUCAACACCUAGUCGCGGUGGACUCAAUGUUCGCGAUAUCCUGAACCCGGACUCUUCUCGUUCCAGCACGGAUAGCGAUAUGCUCAAUGCGCUGAAUCGCCGACAACCAGACAAGUAA